UCAAGCGUCUCCGCUUAUUGGCGAAGCCCCCCAAAAGCCCCCGUCUUCUCUAUAAGUAGCGAAUUAACACCUUUCUCUCCCUUUCCUCUCCCCCGUCCCUCACAAAAGUCCGCAGGAGCGAAAUGGCGGAGCGGGGCGAUAAUAUGGAGGCAGAGACGAUGCCGGGUGAUUCGCUAGCAAUGAAUUUGCUCCGGAUUGCCAUAUACAACAUCAGCUACAUCAGAGGCCUAUUCCCUGAGAAUUGUUUCAUUGUCAAGUCUAUCCCAGAUAUAGGAAUUGAGAUUCAGAUGCUCAUGCACAUUGAUCCUGAGAUUAGGAGGUUCAUUGAUCUGCUGGAAAAGGGUGUUUAUGAUGCGUUACAAAAGAAUUAUCUCAAGACCCUUCUACUUUGCAUAUGUGAGGAGGAAGGGGAAAUUAUUGAGGAGUAUGCCUUUUCAUUUAGGUAUCCAAACUUGAAUCGUGAAGAUGUUGUUAUGGAAGUGAAUCUCACCGGGAGUGAAAAAAAUGGCAUUAAAUUCAAGUCAAAUGCCGCAGAAGUCACUCCUGAUCACAUGAGGAGUGUUGCUUGUAAAUUAAUCAGAACUCUUGUUUCCCUCAUGAGCACCUUGGAAGAAUUGCCAGACAAGUUCAAGAUCCAGAUGAAGCUGCUAUACUAUGAUGAUGAGACACCAGAAAAUUAUGAUGCCCCCCCUUUUGAGUGCUGUACUGGUGUUGUCGGGAAUAAUAAGCCCUUGCAGAUGGAGGUUGGGGGUGCCAAUAAGGAGGACCCCGUUUUAGCUUUGAAGAUUAAUACUGAAGAUAGCAAUAUAAGCUUAAUAACUAAUUCAAAGCAACCUGAAUGCUUAUCGCGGUGUGAGGAAAGUCUUGUCAGAAGAUUUGAGCUCUGUUGCAUAUCUAAAAGACGGCCAAUGUUUCACUUGGACUCUGGUGCAUCAUUCCACAUAUGCAAUAACAAAUCUUAUAUGAAGAAUUUGAAGCCUAUUCCCAAGGAAGAACAGGAGCCAGUUUUUCUUGCAGAUGAGGUGGAGUGUGUUGCAGAGGAAAUAGGAUCUGUUGCUUUUGAGAAUAUAAAUCUGAGCCAAGUGUUGUAUAUACCAGAUAUUGCUUUCAGUGUAUUCUCUGUGGGACAGCUGGAUCAGCAAGGGUUGCUUAUUUCAAUUACUAGUAGCUUGUUCCAGAUCACUGACGUAGAUAAUGCAAUUAUCAUUGGAGAAGGCUAUACGGAUACGCAAUGUAAAGACUGUGUGUUUAGGGGCAUCAACUGGGUACAACCAGACCCUGAACCUGAAGAGAUAGCUGGUGUGAACCUUCCACGGAAGCAAGGUUAUGAGGGGUGGGUUUUUGAUACUUGCUCUGCAUGCCACAUGACUUGCAAAAAAGAGCUUUUGGCCAAUAUUAGACCUUGCAAGGAAGUCUAUCAAACCCCAAAGGGUACUAUAUCGAGUACUCACAGUGGAGAUAUCAAAACUGAAAAUCUUAAUUUGUCAAAAGUUCUGUACUCCCCCAAGGCCACGAGAAAUCUUAUAUCAGUACCAUUGCUUGAAAAAGAGGGUUAUCGAUUCACAUUUUACCGGGGAAAGUGUGGUAUAGUGUUCAAAGGUGCACUAAGACAGUGUGGCUCUGGAGCCGAAGACCCUAGAGAUAACUUGUAUUACUUGGUUGAAUUCAACAGCAAGAAAAAUAUUCUUAACACAAAGAGGAGAAGGGAAGUCGAAGAUGAUUAGGAGACGUACAUCCAUUCUGGUGAUACUUGUGCAGAGAUGGGACUGUAGCGGUGUGCAUACCUGGACAAGUCUCCUUCACUUCUGGUGGCUUCGAACUGCAAGCAGCUUGAGUAAUGUAGAAUGAAGCUUCAAAGGCAAAGCACGUUGUCGCAUCUAGACAGUUGUCCUAUUCGAAUAGUUUCCUGAAAAAGGAAAGCUCACUUGGGUUGAUCCCUCGGUAGUUUUACCCCCCUAAACAUGUAAAAUCGACACUGUUGUAGCCUCAGAUUGCCACAACGCGAUCAGAGAAUGGGUGGUAUUUUACCAAACGUAAGUGCCGUCGAUGGGCCGGGAGAAAAAAUUAACUCCGGAUGAUUAACGCUAGAAAUCAGCAAAAAUGCGUUUCUGUUCACGAGCUCA